CUUUUGGAGAUGAAAACAUGGCGAUAGUUGUGGCAGUCGGCUUGCGAGACUGAUGUGAGUUUUCCAGCUUGUUACUUGUGAAAUAAAGAUUUAAAAGCAACGCAUGGUUAGAAAUAAUGGAUGAAAGAGAAAGGGAAGAUUUUGAAGGAGGAAACGAACCUUGGGGCUUUACAAAUUGGGAGAAACAAUGUAUUGAAGACCUCGAGUCGCAAGAAGAUGUCGACGAGAGAUCAACAUUUGAAAAAGAGCAGGCUUUGCAGCGGUUAAGAAAUUUGUUUCAGAACGCAGCAACAGCUUGUGCUCAGCUUUAUAAAGGUAAGCAGUUUUCUUUUACUUAUCUUUUGGCCGUUUCAUUUCCGUGAAGUUUACUGCGUCAACACAUAUUUUUAAAAUCGAAUGUGAAUCUUGUACAUGUAUAUUGUUUCUUUCAGAACGACACACUCGUAAUCAAACCAGUGAUCGCUUAUGGAGCCCGUUUCAAGAUACGGCAAACACGAUAACGCUUCUCUACAAAGGUGCUUUUAACGUUCAUUAAGUGACUAUAACGUAAAAAUGUCUAGCACUUCCAACCAUAGCGAAACAAGGCAUUUUGCGCAUGCAUGGGCGGUCCUCUCUGCGCAAUUUCCCUUUUACAACAAUAUAAAAGCAUAUUAAUUUGACUACAAAUCUUGAAUAUACAAAUUCCGUGUUUUGUAUGAGAUUUCUUGAUCUUUUUUGUUCCUCAUUCUUCGCCAAUAGCUCUAUUCUUAGUUCGUCUUCAAUCCGAAGGAGACCUUCAGUGAUUUGGUUUUCGCAUAAUCGAGUCGCAACUUCGUCUCCUUUUAGUCAAAUUUACUAUCCCUUUGCAUUAAUGUUUAAGGAAACAAGUUACUAAUCUGAAAUUGUGCGAUUAUUUUGUAAUUUUUUUGCUAUGAGCACUCGACCUUUGUAUUAACGGUGGACACUUUGUGCAGCGCUUGUUCUAAUGAAUGAUGUAACUUUAAUGCGUUGCGUCGAUAAUCAAUUAACUUAAUGUUGCAAAUACGUGGAUACAUGGCAAGCAUAUGUUUUUAUAGGGUUUUGUCUCUGUAAUUAAAUCUGUGUUUCUUUUCCUUUUUCGUUGGCUGUUAGUCAGGCAUCAAUGUGACUUAACAAAACAUCAUUAAGUUGGAAAAUGGGAUAUAAAUUGGUUGGCAUUUUAUUUGUUUCUGGGAAACAAAGUUUUGUUUAAAUAGUCAGAUCUUUCAGUCCAUUGCCCUUUCCACUUAGAUAUACAGCGAGAUGUCUAUUGAGCAGACACUCACAAAAUCCUUGCAAGUCACAAAAUCAGAAUUCAAAAUAAAGCACUGUCAAUUCUGCAGUGAGAUGUUAGAGGAGCUGAACACACAUCCUGAUUUGGCUUUAAGUUUUCUUAUUAAGCACAUGUAUUUGUCAAACUUUUGCUUGAUGCAACAUUAAAUUGGCGACAAGAAUACUGUCACUGAGCAACAUUGAAUCCUGUGAGAAUAAACCUUAGUUUAUUCAGGGUUUCUGUGACAUAGCUUAUGGUAUAUUUUUUUCUUGCAGAUGGAGCUGAUUCUUACAAGCGUGGCAUGGAACUGGGAUUUCAGUCUGGUUACCAAAAGCGUAGCAGAGAUGUUCUUUCUUGGGCAAAGAAGAAAAAGAAAAUUAUUCUUCGUGAGGAACUGUUGUCUUAUUUGGCAGGUCGCUCUCCUCCCAGACGGUCUCACGAUGCAAGACAAACUGUGACUGCAACAACUUUAGGAUCAAAUUCAAUGGUUUUGCCCUCUGAAAUAGACUCUGAUAGUGUUGAAACUGGUGUGCAGUGCUAUGGUUCACCUUUUGAUUCUAUUGCUGUUCGACCAGAGAUCAAUGCAAAUUCUUUUUUUGCUACCAGUGGAGGCCUAGGUUCUUAUCACAGUCCUCGUCGCAGGAGUCAUUCAGAUGCAAACUUUGGCGACAGUGAAGCAAGGGAGGGGAGAAAGCGGUCUGCAUGUUCAGCCGACAUUGUUAUGGAGUCACCAUCACACAAACGCAAUCGUUAUUUCUGAAGAGAGUGAUAUAUGACCUUGUUAUGUUGAAAACUAUGAUAAUUAUACUUUUGCAAGGUUAACAAAACAUAAAAUACUGUAAUUUUCAAGCUAUGUGGUUGAGGUUCUGGAUCAUAAAGCUUUUGAUGUGUGAUCUUACAGAGCACUACGGCUGCAUAAGGACUCAUAAAAGCUUUAGGUGUGCGUGUAAUUAGUUGAUUUAUUUUGAAUUCUUUACUACUUGAGAUGGA